CAGAAAUGGCACCUCGUAAGGGCAAGGAGAAGAAGGAAGAACAGGUCAUCAGCUUGGGACCUCAGGUUGCUGAAGGAGAAAAUGUGUUCGGCGUCUGCCAUAUCUUUGCUUCCUUCAAUGACACUUUUGUUCAUGUGACUGAUCUCUCUGGCAAGGAAGCCAUCUGCCGUGUGACUGGUGGCAUGAAGGUGAAGGCAGACAGAGACGAGUCUUCUCCCUAUGCGGCUAUGCUGGCAGCCCAAGAUGUUGCCCAGAGGUGCAAGGAACUGGGCAUCACUGCCCUGCACAUCAAGCUGCGUGCUACCGGUGGAAAUAGGACCAAGACUCCUGGACCUGGUGCCCAAUCAGCCCUGAGAGCUCUGGCCCGAUCUGGAAUGAAGAUCGGCCGCAUUGAGGAUGUCACCCCCAUCCCCUCUGACAGUACUCGCAGAAAGGGUGGUCGCCGUGGACGUCGUCUGUAAACAAUGCUGCACCUUUCAUUAAAGCUCUCUUUUAAACUUCUUCUCAA